AUGGCCGAGUUUCAGAUCAACAACGAGGACCUGACAGGCCUCAAGGGCAAGGUUAUUAUCAUCACAGGCGGCUCCUCGGGCAUCGGUGAGGGGACAGUCCAGCUGCUCUCCUCGCUCGGAGCGUCGGUUGUCAACGCAGACAUUGCACCCCCUGCCGAGUCGGACAAGAACGUGACCUUUAUCAAGACGGACGUGUCCAAGUGGGCAGACCUGACUGCUCUCUUCAAGAAGACCAAGGAGAUUCACGGCCGGAUAGAUCAUGUCUUCGCCAACGCAGGUCUCGGGCCCCGUGCGGACUACUUCUCUACCGAGGUGGAUGAGAAUGGCGACCUGAAGGAGCCGUCGUACGACCUGCUGGAUGUCAGCUUGAGAGGGGUGAUGAACACGACGACGCUGGCCAUCUACUACUUCCGCCAGCAGCCCGAGGGCGGCAGCGUCGUGAUCAAUGGGUCGGUGAUGGCCAUCCAGCGAUGCAGAGCAGCAGACUACGCCACGGCCAAGGCCGCCGUGCACGGUUUCGCAAGAGGCCUGCACCCCGUCAUCGCCGCCUACGGGCUGCCCAUCCGCCUGAACGCAGUGGCACCGACGUGGACCAACAGCAGCGUCCUGCCCGGCCUGGAGGAGCUCAUGGCCAAGAUCGGCGUCGAGGUGCAGCCCCCGUCGGCCGUCGCGCGCGCCGUCGCCAUCCUGAUGGCGGACAGCAGCCGACACGGCCAGAACAUCCACAUCCAGUGCGGCAAGUUCAAGGAGAUCGACGAGUCCGUCAUCCUGCCCGUCGCCGAGGCCAUCCGGGGCCCCGACUACCCUUCCGAGGACUGGGUGCUGGCGCGCGCCAUGGAGAUCAUGGCCGAGCAAGCGGCCAAGGCACAGGCAUAA